AUUAUUAUUAUUAUUAGAAGAUGAAGAAGAAGACGCAAUAGGAAGCGAGGAGGCCAACACGGAGAAAGAUUAUUAUUAGUAGAAGAUGAAGAAGAAGACGCAAUAGGAAGCAAGGAGAGAGAGAGAGAGAUAGGCUGAAAGAGACUAGGAAUUCAAUUUGUCAUUUGGAGGAAGAGGAAGGAGAAGGUCUUGCUGUUUAAGGUUAGGGUUAGGGUUAGGGUUAGAUAGAUCAUCAUGAGCUUCGAGGAUCUGGAAGCGGGGCGACCGCUCAACUGGCGGAAGGAGACGAUGAUCAACGGGAAGAAUAAGGAGGCAUCUCAGGGUGUGGCCGCAGGGAUCUUUCAGAUCACCACCGCCAUCAACACUUUCCAGCGCCUUGUCAACUCCAUCGGGACUCCUAAGGACACCCCCGAUUUGCGGGAUAAGCUGCACAAGACAAGGCUACAUGUCAGUCAGCUUGUAAAAGACACUUCAACCAGACUCAAGCAAGCUAGUGAAAUAGAUCAUUACUCUCAAGUCACACCUAGCAAAAAGGUUGCUGAUGCAAAGCUCGCGAGAGAUUUUGAGGCAGUUCUGAAGGAAUUCCAGAAACUCCAACGGCUUGCGGCAGAGCGGGAAACAGCAUAUGUGCCCUUUGUUCCACAACCAGCUUCAAGCCAAUCUGCAGGUGAGAUGGACGCCAGUGGUGAUAGAGCACAUGAUCAACGUGCUUUGCUUGUAGAAUCACGCAGACAAGAAAUACUGCAGCUGGAUAAUGAGAUUGUUUUUAAUGAGGCUAUAAUUGAGGAGAGAGAGCAGGGAAUACAAGAAAUACAACAACAAAUUGGUGAAGUCAAUGAAAUAUUCAAGGACCUUGCUGUCCUGGUUCACGACCAAGGCAUUAUGAUUGAUGACAUUGACUCCAACAUUGAGAAUUCUUCAGCUGCAACUGUGCAAGCAAAAAGCCAGCUUUCCAAAGCAGCGAAAACACAGAAAUCAAAUUCUUCUCUGAUGUGCCUCUUGUUGGUAGUUAUUGGUGUUGUGCUAUUGAUUGUGAUUAUCAUCCUCACUGCUUAAUCAAUGAUAGUGCUCAUUUACGAAGUUUUUCUCCAGGAACUUUUAGUGUACUAUCCAAGGCAUUUGUCUCCGUGUUACUGUUUCGUAAAUAGCAUAUAUAUAAAUUUGUUUUUCUUUGGUUAUACAUAUGUAUAUUUAUGUUUUUCUCCCAAAAUUCUGUUCACUAAAGUUGAGGCUUUUUUUUUUUGUUC